UAGUCCCCCUGACGGGGGCGAUAGUGUUGGAGUGACUAUUACCUGUAGCAGACUUCUGGACAGGGCGGGCGAACCCGAGAUGGGUUCUGGAAGCGGCGGGCUACACAUAGCCCGCGCUACCGAGGGUCGUUUCUCCGCCCGUCUCUCUGAACCUAGCAGAGAGCGUGGCGGAGAGGCAAGGGCGGUGCUCGUUGCGCACUUACCCUGCCAACGAGUAGCAUUGGGACACAGGCUGUCCUCGACUGCAACUGCCGAUAUCGUAAUCCGGGAAGAGGCCAUGGUCAUGUUUUAUGACUCCUAACGGGACGAGGGUCUUGGCUUGAUUGCCCGGACCGCGAGGAAGAUAACCUCUAUAAAAAAUUCCUUCAAUACCAAGUUCUGGUGCGCGGCGAGGGUAUGCGUGGCUGAGGAGUAUGUCAGUCUUGAGCGCACCCCCAGCUGGGGGACCGGUGGACCCCCCAGUUGGGAACAAAUGUACACUUACCCAGGUACAGGGGGCACUGCCUGGGUGGACCGUUUAUUUCCCCCAUACUCGUGGGACUUGUAUGGAUUUAAAUCAAACACCACCAACAGAAGAGGAGGAGAGGGCAGGUGAGCUCAGCUCGCCUGCAGCUGCAGCGGAGCUGCAUGCAGAAAGCGGCGAAAAUCGCUCGCGUAGGACGUCUUCCACCAGGAAGCGUCCAGUUAAUAAGUCAUCCGACGAGGAAGGCCUGCCGGCUCCUAAGUUGCCGACCUCGAGGAGGGGACGACGGCAAACAAGAGAGGCGAGUGCUUCGCAGCCGCGGAGGGAUAGGCACGGGCGUUUCGUGCGCUCCGAUACCCCGGCGGCUAGCGAGGUAGAGAGUGACAUUGGGGUCACUAUAGAGGACCCAUGUGAUGGCGGUGAAAGCACUGCCUCACUGGGGAGCUCAAAGGCGGAUCUCAAUGCCGCCAAAAGGGAGCAGCGCAAAGCCGUCGCGGCCGACGAAGUGUCGGAAAUGGCCCGACGCGCUCGCGAGCGGCGAGCCGCUUUGGCAGCGGAAGGGGAGAGCCAUCUGCGGUGGCCUUGAGCCAGUUGGCUCUUGAUGGGGUGGACUUGGUCCUAAAGGUUGCCACCAAGUCCGGCAGCCUGAAGGGCACAUUCACCCGUGGGUUAAAAGAGGCUGCCGCAGAUAUCAAGGAGGCGGUUGCCCUCCUCCUCAAUAGGACGACCUCUGACGAGGUCGCCAAGUUACGGGAGGAAAACAGUCGCCUCCGUAACGACCUUGACGACCUUCGGCGGCAAGUCGCUGAGUUAAGCUCUCAGCAGCGACCCGCGGCUGAUGAUGCCGUACCUGCUCCUGCACCGCCGCCGCAACCCAAUAGCCUUCGCACCGACGAAGAGGUCGAGCGCAUUGUCCGGCUCUGCAUGCUCCAGUGCGGGAGCAUGGUCAAUGCUCGGCUGGAAGCGAUCUCUCGUCGUCUUCCAGCCGAAACCCUCCGCCCUCCUCUAGCCGCCGAUGCGCGGAGGACUGAGGAGCGGCCGAGACCAGGGCCUCCAGUAGAGAAGCCGGCGGAAGGAGCCCCUCUGCGCGGCCAGCCCACGUCUGCCGGGUCCAAGGGCGAGACUUGGGCGAAAGUCGUGGGCCGCAAGAAAGCCCGCAAGGCCGUCAAAAAGGCCGCAGCAGCCGCACGCGUCCCCGGUAGGACCGCUAAAGCGGCUGCGCAGCCUGCACAGCAGACUACCAGAGGCGGACGCAAAGGACCAAAGAUACGUGCCCCGCGCUCCGAGGCUGUUACGCUUACGCUACAGCCGGGGGCCGCGGAGCGUGGCGUAACGUACCAGUCCGUCAUUGCCGAGGCCAAGGCCAAGAUCAAACUACCCGAUCUUGGCCUCGAGUCCGUCACCCUCAGACAGGCUGCCACGGGUGCGCGGCUGUUCAAGGUGCCAGGUGCUGUAAGCGACAGUGCCAAAAAGGCGGACGCUCUGGCCGCCAAAAUUAGGGAGGUCCUCAAUCCGGAGGACGUCCGGGUCUCCAGGCCAAUGAAAACCGCAGAGCUGCGGAUUGCUGGUUUGGACGACUCCGUGACCACCGAGGAGGUGGUGGCGGCCGCUGCCCGAAGUGGUGAGUGUCCGCCAGACAAUGUGCGGGCCGGCGAUAUACGCGCUGACGCCUCUGGACUCGGCGUGGUCUGGAUUCGGUGCCCCGUGGCGUCAGCGAAGAAAAUCGCUGAAAGUGGCAGGUUGCUGAUUGGCUGGGUUGCAGCGCGGGUAAAACUGCUGCAGCCCCGGGCUCUGCAGUGCUUCCGGUGCCUGGAGAAGGGGCACGUCCGGGCAAAAUGCACCGCCGAGAUCGACCGUAGUGAUCUUUGCUAUCGCUGCGGUCAGCCCGGCCACAAAGCGACCCAGUGUUCCGCAGCGCUCAACUGCAGCCUUUGCUCGGCUGCAGGGAAACCGGCGGGACACAAAGUGGGCGGAGGGGCCUGUGGUGCACCCGCCACCAACAAGGCCCAAACGAGGAGAAAAAGAACAAGAAGAGGAGCUCUAAGCCUGCCGGGGAAACCUCGCCACCCCCGCAGGACUGUUGCCGAGGGAAUGGACUGUCAAUAA